AUGAUGGGUUGGGACGAGCUCGGCCAUUGGAUCACAUGGGGACUAGUCAUCUUCCUGGCGCUGGUGGCCGUCGCCGUGCUUAUCAACGUCGUCUGCCAGGCGAUGUAUGCCUUCGGGCGAAGCCUCCGCGGCGGCACCAAGAUGCCGGCGCUGUCCCUCGAGGAGGUGCUGGAGAGGAUACCGGACGUCCCGUACCAGGAGCUCCCUGGUGGCGCCGGCGGCGCGGCGGCCGACGACGAUGAUAGGGAGACGUGUGUCAUCUGCGUGGCGCCCUACGAGCCCGGCGAGACCUUCGGCGUCCUGCCGGGGUGCAGGCACGUGUUCCACAAGCUCUGCGUCGCUAAGUGGCUGCGGCAGAACAGCACCUGCCCGCUCUGUAGGGCAGCUUUCACCGUGACUGAUGACGCGCGACAGGGCAACGCCGUUAGCGCCGUAGAGAACAUGGUCUAG